CGAGAGGCCCCUUUGCGGGCUCUUUCAUUUUCUACAACACAAUCCCGAGCCCUUGUGACAGUCCCCGCGUGGUCCCGGCGGCGCGGAGCCCGCGGUGCCCGACCCUCGCUGCCCGGGCACGGCGGGGCCGCCACGACCGCAGGGCCGCGGCAGCGCCAGGGGGCUGAGGGGGGCCCGAGCGGCCCCGGGGCGGCGCAGAAAUGAGCCGUCAGACCGCUACAGCACUACCCACAGGUACCUCCAAGUGCACGCCAUCGCAGAGGGUGCCCGCGCUGACGGGCACCACAGCCUCCAACAAUGACUUGGCCAGUCUCUUUGAGUGUCCCGUGUGCUUUGACUAUGUGCUGCCACCCAUCCUGCAGUGUCAGAGUGGCCACCUGGUCUGUAGCAACUGUCGCCCCAAGCUCACGUGCUGCCCCACUUGCCGAGGCCCGCUGGGCUCCAUCCGUAACCUGGCCAUGGAGAAAGUUGCCAAUUCCGUACUAUUCCCGUGUAAAUACGCCUCUUCCGGCUGCGAGAUAACUUUGCCACACACAGAAAAAGCAGACCACGAGGAGCUGUGUGAGUUUAGGCCUUACUCCUGUCCCUGUCCUGGUGCUUCGUGUAAAUGGCAAGGCUCUCUGGAUGCUGUAAUGCCGCACCUGAUGCAUCAGCAUAAGUCAAUUACGACGCUGCAGGGAGAAGAUAUAGUGUUCCUGGCCACGGACAUUAAUCUUCCUGGUGCUGUUGACUGGGUUAUGAUGCAGUCUUGUUUUGGCUUUCAUUUCAUGCUAGUGUUGGAGAAACAGGAAAAGUAUGAUGGUCACCAGCAGUUCUUUGCAAUUGUACAGCUGAUAGGAACGCGCAAGCAAGCAGAAAACUUUGCUUAUCGACUCGAGCUAAACGGGCAUAGGCGGCGAUUGACUUGGGAAGCAACUCCUCGAUCCAUUCAUGAGGGAAUUGCAACAGCCAUUAUGAAUAGUGACUGUCUAGUCUUUGACACCAGCAUUGCACAGCUCUUUGCAGAAAAUGGCAAUUUAGGCAUCAACGUAACUAUAUCCAUGUGUUGAAAUGGCAAUCAAACCUCUUCAGGCCAGUGUUUAAAACCGUUGCAUUUAAUUUAGCAGAAAUAGGGUAACCAUCUUUGACUGUCAGACAAAUUAUUCGGUAGAUGGAGGGUAGACAUAAAUGAAGGUAAAUAAAAGGAAAGGCUGUUAAAUUACAGGAAGCAGUUGCAUGUAGUAACUAAUAUAUUUAAAAUAAGUCAACAGUAAACCACUGAAAAUAUAUAUACACCCAAAAUGGGCAUCUUUUGUAUUAAGAAUUGAUUCUACAGGAAAUGUUGUAAAAUAAUUCUAAAACUUGUUUGUAGAUUGAUUGUACUGUUGAAAAGGAUACUGUUUCGUGUUUUUGUUUGUGUUUUUUUCCUCUCCCUUUGACUGACAAGCCAUGUUGAGCGGUCUGGUCUCUGGCCGCUGCUUCUCCUCCUCCUCCCCACCCCCCCUUUGUAAGUCACUACAUAGUAUUGCUGCUGUUUGUGUAUAUUUUUUGUGUAUUUGCUAAUUUUUAUUAACUUCUAGUUUUUCAUUAAAUAAAUAUGACUUUCUUUUCUGUAAUUCAGGUUUUUCUCUUUUUUGUAUCUUUUUAAGAUUAAUUACAGGUGUCAUCUUUUGAUAUGCAUAAUUGCUAUGGUAAAACUUAUAUUUCUGUAUGUUUGGUAAAUUUUGUCUCUUUCCAGUAGUCAGUUCAUUGGUGAUACUGUUCUUAAUUGAGCUAUUUGUGAAUGUACUGAACUCGAAAGGAGUGCUUAUGUUCAAAGAUGUGUCAGGAAAGACAGCUCCUUUAAAAACAGGUUUAGAUGUUGUUGUACUUUGAGUUAUCUUCUAACAAAAAUGAAACAAUUAUUAAGAACUUUCCGAAUUAAAAAAAAAUAGCAAUUCACAUUUCAAAUUUAGAGAUGCUUAGAAAAUUGAUUGCAUCCUUGUAUUUGUCAGUUUGCAGUACAAAGGAAGAGUAUUGUAUUACACAAUAUUGUAAUUAUAAAAGCAGACCAUUUGUCUAAAAAGAAAAAGGCAGUAAGAGUGAGAUGUUUUCAGUCUUUUUAUAUUUGUCAUUAAAAGAUUAUCUGGCAAAUGAAAAAAAAACAACACAGCCAACUUCUGCUUUUUGCUUUAGCUCAAAGUUUGACACAUUGAUGCUCUUGCUCAGUUUCUUGUCUUCAUGUUUUUUGGUUGUUACUAAAGCAACUGUCUGGAACUGACUUCUGUAUCUCAUUUUGGUGACAUGAUCCACAUGACAGUGCAGAUAAAUCUCUUCCAGGUGUGACUGACCAGCCCUAAAGGCUUUGGAAGGAUACUGGGCUUUAGGCAGACUGCCUGUAUGUGCAAACCUGAACCACGAAUGUAAAUGGGAUUUGUGUUACAAAACAGGCCCAGACAAGGGCAGGGAAAGCUGUUCCACCUCAGCAGGAAGGAAACCUUUGUCAAAGCAAGUGGUGGUGGCUGUGUCGGGGAGCUGGUCUGGCUGUUGACUACUUUUGUAACACAUUAAAAUACCAUUUAUUUACUGUG